GUCCGUUCCGAGUCAUUUUGCAUUCAGCAAAUCCAAGAACCGCCUCCCCUCCCUCCGCUGCUCCCGCCCCGUGCUGGCUCCCUCUCACACGCAGCCUGUCCGGUAGGAUGGGACCAGCAGCCAGAUAUCAAUGCAUGCCUGACCGCUAGUCUACUUCCUGGAUGGAAGAAUGGGACAUUUGCAGCACCACUUUUCUUCGCAUUGUGCAUUGCUUUUCGUCACGCUGAUGCCGCGGAUAAUCACUUAAUAAUGACCACGUGCAAUCAAUAUUAUUCGACCACUUUUUUUCUGUAGUUAAAGACAGCGACUGAUCGCCGAUUGACCCCGCCACACUUAGGGAAUGUCGCUAUCUGGAAGCCCGCUACAGGCACGGUGGAGUCCAACAUAUUUUGAACUGUUUUUGCACGACUGUAGUGUGCGUAACGUUUUAUUCGUCGAAGCUAAACGCAGCCCCUGCUCGGACUGGAGGCGAAUAAAUGUGUCUUUUUAAAAAAACAAAACAGUGACUGUCGUCUAAUCGGCCGCUAACCAUUACUUUGAUGCUCUGCUGCCUUCGUGGCUCCUGUGCCAACUUCGUUUCAGCUUCGGUCGUGUGUAUGUGAUUUUGUUUUAAUUGUUCUUUUUUUUUAAAGAAGAGAAAAGACUGCAAAACUUUGUCAUCCGUUGCCUUCUUGUUACUCUCGAUGAGUAGUAUAACAUGUGGAAAAUACGGGAACCGAGUUACUGGUGGAUUUUAUCCUUAAUGUUUUUAACCUUGCCCAAACACAAAGACUGUCACCCUGUUGCAUCGGGUGGCCACCCUUACCACGCUGGAGACGGGCACCAUGGGAGCACAGUCGUAAUGAGGGAGAGGAGGGCAGCUGGUGACCCCUACUGGUCCUAUUCAGGAAGCCAUGGACCUCGAAGCUGGGCAGCCUCAUACCCAGAAUGUGCUGCAAAGAACCAAUCACCUGUGGACAUUGCAGAUGAAGAAGCUUUGGUUUCAGAGGAAUACCAGGAGCUGGUGCUUGACAAGUUCAACACUGAGUCCUCCAACCAGACCACCAUGAAAAACACUGGAAAGACAGUUGCUGUUCUCCUUAAGGAUGACUACUUUGUAAGAGGUGCCGGACUGCCAGGGCGUUUUAAGGCUGAGAAGAUGGAGUUUCACUGGGGCCAGAAUAAUGGAUCAGCAGGCUCAGAACACAGCAUAAAUGGCAGAAGGUUCCCUGUAGAGAUGCAGAUCUACCUUUACAAUUCAGAUGACUUUGACAGCCUCAGCGCUGCCAUCAAGGAAAGACGCAUCAUUGCUGCCAUGGCCAUCUUCUUUGAGCUGGGCCAAAAAGACAAUCCAGCUGUGGACCCCAUCAUCCAGGGAUUGAAAGGAGUAGUGCAUCAUGAAAAGGAGACCCACCUCAGGUCGUUCAUCCUGAGGGAUCUGCUGCCAUCGUCAGUGGACAGUUAUUACCGAUACACCGGCUCUUUGACCACGCCGCCCUGCAGCAAGGUAGUGGAGUGGAUCAUCUUCUCCAGGCCUGUGUAUCUGUCCCACUCACAGCUGGAGGCCUUUUACUCCAUCUUUACAACAGAGCAACAGGACCACGUGAAGUCUGUUGAGUACCUGUGGAACAACUUUCGGCCCGUGCAGGACCUCGACAAUAGGAAACUCUUUAGGUCGGCUAUAAAAGACGCAUGGCAGAAAGACUUGACUGAGAUCCUCGGAAGCCCUCAUAGCACUGAGGCUUCAAGAGUAUGCAGCAGUGCCCCAGUGAGCAUGAAGAUCCGGCCACUGAACCAGACGGCGUUGAUGGUGAGCUGGGAACGCCCUCUGACCGUCUACCACCCACCCAUUACCAGUUACAUGGUCUCCUACAGCUGGGUGAAGCGUGAUGUUGCUGAUGAAAAUACCUUCACCAAGACUGGGGACCAAAGCAUGAAAGCAGUCAUCACUAAUGUGUCCCCUGACUUCCUGUACCUGUUCAGAGUGCAGGCAGUAUGUCAGCAUGACCUGCGCAGUGAUUUCAGUCAAACACUGCUAUUCAGAGCGAAUACAACAAGAAUAUUUGAAGGGUCUCGUAUUGUGAAGACUGGGAUGCCCACAAUUUCACCAGCGUCCUCAGCAGACAUGGCUCCCAUCAGCUCGGGUUCCUCCACUUGGACGUCCUCUGGCAUCCACUUCUCCAUUGUCUCCAUGGCAACAGGCAUGGGCCCCUCCUCUAGUGGCAGCCAGGCCACAGUGGCAUCAGUGGUGACAAGCACCUUGCUGGCAGGCUUGGGCGUAGGCGGGGGGGUCAUCUCUUCUUUGCCCAGUUCUGUUUGGCCCACACAGGCGCCCCAAGCCACGCAGAACCCCACCCGCCCGUCCGUCCCACCUGCAAAGUCCAGCACAGAGCAGGCCGCGCCCCAGGGCUCAGAGACAGACAACCCAUCUGAGGAGAGCCAGGCUGCACGUGAGGGCGAGGAGGAGGAGAAGGAGGGGGAGAGAGAAGGAGAGCAGGAGGAGGGAGAGGAUGAGAAGAAGAGAAAGAACAAGACUGCACCUGAUAAUGAGGAAAAGCAAGCGAACACCACUGUGGCCAAAGAGCCUUUAAUACCCACCCCUGCAUCCACAGCCAAAGAGAAAGGAGAAGGGAAGCCUACAGACAAAGGCAGCACAGUACCUGCUAACACUGGUGACGACCAUUUGGUCAACGUAGAGAAGAACCCCACAGAUGUAAAUGCAAUCUCCACUCAGGAGCCUCGUAAUGACACGGAGAUGCAGAUUCCCGAGAGCUCCACACUGUCCCCAAAGAUCAGUAGUGAUGGGAAGAGUCUCUGGCCUUUCUCAGUCCACACCGACAGGACCAUCUUGUCCAACGUGACCCGAACCCCUCACCCGGGGAUCGGCAGGAUGGUGUGGAUUGUCCCCUUGGUGGUGGUGUCUGCUCUCACUCUGCUCUGCCUCAUUAUGCUGCUGAUUGUGAUGGUCUACUGGAGAAUGACAAGCAUCUGGUCCCUCCUCUGCAUCAAGUACAGGAGAUUUUUCCAGACAGCUCACUUCUAUGUGGAGGAGAGCAGCUCUCCACGGGUGGUGGCCAAUGAGAGUAUACCAGUCAUCCCUAUACCAGAUGACAUGGAGGCCAUUCCCGUUAAGCACUUUGUUAAACACAUCAUGGAGCUCUACAAGAACAACCUGCAAGGUUUCUCUGAGGAGUUUGAGGAGGUCCAACGCUCCACGGCAGACCUGAAAAUCACAGCAGAACAUUCCAAUCAUCCUGACAACAAGCACAAAAACAGAUACAUCAACAUUGUGGCCUAUGACCAUAGCAGGGUGAAAUUACGAGCUCUGGCAGGGAAAGAUGCCAAACAUUCGGAUUACAUCAAUGCCAACUAUGUGGAUGGCUACAACCGGCCCAGAGCUUAUAUAGCUGCUCAGGGUCCUCUUAAGUCUACAUUCGAAGACUUUUGGAGGAUGGUUUGGGAGCAGAACACUGGAAUCAUCGUCAUGAUCACCAACCUGGUGGAGAAAGGGAGAAGGAAAUGUGACCAGUACUGGCCGACCGAGAACAGCGAGCAGUAUGGAAACAUUGUGGUGACGCUGAAAAGCACCAAAGUGCACGCCUGCUACACACUGCGGCGUUUCCUUAUAAGGAACACUAAAGUUAAAAAGGGUCAGAAGGGGAACCCAAAAGGGAAGUUAAAUGAGCGCAUCGUGGUCCAGUAUCACUACACUCAGUGGCCUGACAUGGGAGUGCCAGAGUACACGCUCCCUGUCCUCACCUUCAUCAACCGCUCAUCAGCGGCUCGCACUGCAGAUAUGGGCCCUGUCCUGGUGCACUGCAGUGCAGGGGUUGGGCGCACAGGAACGUACAUUGUCAUUGACAGCAUGCUUCAACAGAUCAAGGACAAAAGCACAGUCAGCGUCCUGGAUUUUCUCAAACAUAUCCGCACACAACGCAACUACCUAGUUCAGACCGAGGAGCAGUAUGUUUUCAUCCACGAUGCUCUGAUGGAGGACAUCCUGAGCAGAGAGACAGAGGUGCCCGCCUGGCAGCUGCAUAGUUAUGUCAACAGCAUCCUCACGCCCAACUCGACAGGCCGCACACAGCUGGAGAAGCAGUUCAGGCUUCUGACUCAGUGCAACACGCACUUUGUGGAGUGCUUUAGUGCCCACAAAGACAGCAACAAGGAGAAGAACCGCAAUUCCUCAGUGGUUCCCUCGGAGCGAGCAAGGGUCGGACUCACCACUCUGCCUGGAAUGAAAGGAACAGAUUACAUUAACGCAUCCUAUAUAAUGGGUUACUUCAGGAGUAAUGAGUUCAUCAUUACCCAGCAUCCUUUACCCCACACCACCACAGACUUCUGGAGGAUGAUUUGGGACCAUAACGCUCAAAUUAUCGUCAUGUUGCCUGACAACCAGGGCCUGGCCGAGGAUGAAUUUGUUUACUGGCCGAGUCGGGAAGAGGCCAUGAACUGCAUCGCCUUCACCGUCACGCUCAUCAGUAAAGACAGACUGUGCCUCUCCAAUGAGGAGCAGAUAAUCAUCCAUGACUUCAUCCUUGAGGCCACACAGGACGACUACGUUUUGGAGGUGAGACAUUUUCAGUGCCCUAAAUGGCCCAACCCUGAUGCUCCUCUGAGCAGCGCCUUCGAGCUCAUCAGUGUCAUCAAGGAGGAGGCCAUGACUCGAGAUGGCCCCACCAUCGUGCAUGAUGAGUAUGGAGCGGUGUCAGCAGGCAUGCUCUGUGCCCUCACUACACUGUCCCAACAGCUGGAGAAUGAGGGAGUCGUUGACAUCUAUCAGGUGGCUAAGAUGAUUAAUCUCAUGAGGCCGGGAGUCUUCACUGAUAUAGAGCAGUACCAGUACCUUUACAAAGCCAUGCUGAGCCUGGUCAGUAACCGAGAGUGUGGCCUGAGCCCCAUGCACAUGGACAGUAAUGGGGUGGUGGUGAUUGCAGACGAGUCGGACCCUGCAGAGAGCAUGGAGUCGCUCGUCUGAGGACAUUCUUAGAGGCACUUAAUUUGUAAAAACUCAAGAACUUUUCUGAGGCCUUUUUUGCCAGACUAUUGAUUAAAUGAAUAACCUUAUUACUUUUUAUACUGAUAAAAGUUUUUUGAUAUUUAUGUUUUUGUCCUUUUAUUUCUUGUCUUAAAUGUUAUCCUGCUGAGCGUUUGCACCUGUUUAAGUUGACGUGAGGAAAAAGCAGCUCUGUCCAGUUUGCACUAUACUAUCAGUGUUACUGCCUAAAUCCAGUGAGUGAAAAAAGUUUCUCAGUUCAAUCCUGGCAUCAUGACACAACUGGGAUCUUUGGACCGCACUGAGACAAACCUGAAGCGGGAAGACCCAGGAUGAGUUACGGCGAUCCACUACCCGAUAAUGUCUCAACAAAACUUCACAUCACAACAUAGCCCAGCAUGCAUUAUGUCACUUUGUCACCUCGAUCAAACUAACCGUUUUGAGGCUCGGCUCCACAGGGUCGAAGCUCUUUAUCUCAUGUUAAGAGACUAUUACCUGCCUAAUAUUCAUAUAUUGUCCAAAUAUCUCACUGCUGUCUUGUAUAAUGUACUUAUGGCUUGUUUUGUUAAAGUGUGUUACAACAUCUAAUGUGAACAUUUAUUGCUUUUUACAGGGAUUUAUAUUGUUAUAAUUGUUUUGUAAUAUAUAUAUAUAUAUAUAUAUUAUAUCCUUAAUAGCCAGCCAAUGUUUUCUUUUUUUUAAGUAUUUUUGCCUAUUUGUCCACUUGCCUUGGUGUUGAUUCUUUGUUUAUUCUUUAUUUUAUUUUUUUGAGAUUCUGUAGCUUAAUAAGCUCAUUUUUUUCAUCAUUUUUUCCAGCUUUUAUAACCUCAACUGUCAAAGCUCAACUGUUAACACUUGUAAUGGGUAUGUGUAUUGACAGAGUACAAUGUCUACAAAAAGUAUUCACCCCACACAAACUUUGUUUUAUUGUUUUACAACAUUAAAUCACAGUGGAUGUAAUACUAUUCUUGACAUCAACAGAAGAAACUACUUUAAUGUUAAAGUGAAAACAAAUGUCUACAAAUUAUCUAAAUUCAUUACAAAUAGAAAACCCCCAAAUUGAUUGCUCAAGUAUUCACCCCCUUCAAGACGAUGUUUAUUUAAUAACACCUUUGGCAGCAUUUACAGUCAGUCUGUGUGGGUAGCCUUGUACAUCUGGACACGUUUGCAGUUAAUCAUGUUGGCCUGUCGAGUUUAAUGACGACUGUGAGUGAACAGCAAAAUGUCAAGUCCUGCCACUAAUUCUGGACUGGAUUGAGGUCUAGACUCUGACUCUGCCACUCCAGGACAUUAACAUUGUUCUUUUCAAGACAUUCCUGUGUCGCUGUGGCAUUGUAUUUUAUAUUUCGUCAUGAAAAAUAAAUCUUCUUUCACUUCUGUCACAUACCGCAGAGUUUCCUCCAGGAUGUCUUUAUAUUUUACUGCAUUCAUUUUACUCUCCACCCUCACAAGCCUUGCAGGGCCUGCUGCAGAGAAACAUCUAUGGUGUGUUUCUGCAGAUGUGCGGUGUUUGGCUUACACUUCACACAGUAUUUAGCAUCAUAAAACCUUCAGCUAUUGUCACAGGGUCUCCCACAUGCUUUCAUGUGAGUUUUUUCGCCAGAGGCUUGUUCUUUGCCACUUUUCCAUAAAGCUGUGACUGAUACGCUCCUGGGCAAUGUCUCCUAUCUCAGCCAUGACACCCUGCAGCUUCUUUAGAGCUCCCUUGGUCUCUGUGGUCUCACUACUGCCCUUUUGCCCAUCUUAUCAACACACUCAGUUUUUGAGGAUGACCUGCUCUAGGCAGAUUUUAGAGCUGUGCCUCUUUCAAUUUCUAUAAUAGUAUUAUGGCUAUCCAGUGCCUUGAAAAUAUUUUUAUAUCCUUCCCCUAAUUAGUACUUUUCAGUAAACCUGUCACAGAUUUGUUUGGAGUAUUCAUUUGUUUUCAUGAUGCAGUUUUUGCCAGGAAAUUGACUUAAAUAGCUGCUUGACUUAGAUCUAGGUAUGUUUAACCUAAAAUAACUUGUCACACUGGCUGCACUAGUGAUGAUUUAGAUCUCAUAGCAAAGGGAUGAAUAUGUGUGCAAUCAGUUGUUGUUUUUUUAGACCCUUGUUUUCACUUUGACAAUAAAGAGUAUUUUUCUUUUUGAUCAAUGUAGGAAAGAAAAAAAUCCUAAUUACAUCCACAGUGAUUCAAAGUUGUAAAUAAAUAAAACAUGAAAAAAUCCAAAAGGAGGUGAAUACUUUGUAGUUUCUUUCUGGGGGGUUGAUGCUUUAUUUGUAACCAAAGAUGUGGUUCCAGUUUGCAACAUGUAAGUGGUUUUGUCCUGAGAUCUAUUUAAUCAACUAAAAAACUAAAUUGUUAAAUCUUGCAGUACAGAUUACCAGUGUCAGAGGUGUGAAUUUAACAAGAGUUCAGCAUGUUUCUGUUCUAGCCUCAGGAUUGCAGUAGAUAAUCCGAGUACAUGAAAUUUUCCUCACAAUAAGAUUUAAAAUUCAGACUGUAAAAUGUAUUUUAUUUGGGCUGAUAUUCUGUCUCCGCACUAUUUUGUGGCUAUUAAUUAUAAGCCCUUUUCAAGCCUGAACUUCCCGCUCUCUUGAUUGAUUUAUGUGUAUCCUCGCACUCAAUGAUGUAUUCUUUUCUUUUUUUUUACUUUCUUUCUGUGAACGCCCACUUCUCUGACAAAGGGGAGUUUACUAAAUUCAGUGAAAACUCUCCAACAUUUGGAGAACAGUUCAGAUUGCUGAUCAUUUAGCUCUGCAACAAAACUCUUUUUUGCAGCAACUGUUUUCUCUUCUUCUUUUGAAUGAAUGCCAACGUCCAUUCUGUCUGAUAUUUCUACGCUCAUUGAAAACACGAGUGCUGUGGCUGCGCACAUUUACUUCAAAAGCAAAUGUCUUUGACUUUAAUUUCUUUGUGAUCAUAGAAGUUUAUAUUUUCAUACAAAUAUUUGGUUUGUAUAGUGGCCCUGUGACAGAUUGUACUUUUGUGGGAAAUGUAUUAUCCAAAUCUCCACUGCAAAAUCCCCACAGUCAUACCUGCCCCUCUGAGGUCCAUGCUGAUAUUUAUAUCAGAUUUUCCUGACAUUUUCUCAACGGUCCAGGCAUCCAGUACGUUGGCCUCAGUGCAUUUCAGCCAGGUUGGUAGUCUGUUUUGUAACUUAAAUAAAUAAUAAAAGGGUUUUGUCCAUCAUAUCACAUGUUUAUAUGAUAGUAUCAUAGCCAUAUACUUCUAUGAUGCUGUCAUAUACCAUAUUAUAGUGUAAUAGUGUUAUUUAAUAGGUUAACUGUAUUGCUAUACAUUAAAUAAAGUUUGGGUUUGGGUGCA